UCAGUCACGCCCACUGCGCGGACCAAAAACAUUUGUCACCAAUACGCCAGAGAUUCGGCUAGCAGCAUUCAUUCCUAACCUGGACCAGCAAAGAGAGCCGUCAGCAAAUAUGGUCUGCGGGGGGUUCACUUGUUCGAAAAAUGCUCUGUGUUCCUUGAACGUGGUGUACAUGCUAGUCGGCCUGCUGCUGAUUGGUGUGGCAGCAUGGGGGAAAGGCUUCGGUCUGGUGUCGAGCAUUCACAUCAUCGGUGGUGUGAUCGCAGUGGGCGUCUUCCUUCUGCUCAUCGCCAUUGUGGGCCUCAUCGGAGCAAUACACCACCACCAAGUCAUGCUUUUCUUUUACAUGGUCAUUCUUUUCAUUGUCUUCCUCUUUCAAUUUGGAGUCUCUUGUUCUUGUUUAGCAAUGAACCGUGGUCAGCAGGAGGUAUUUCUGAACUCGACUUGGGGAAUGUUGGAAAAUAAAACCAAAACCGACUUGGAGAGUCAGCUGAACUGCUGCGGGCUGCUAAAUGUCACCAGCAGUCGAGUGCAGUUUGAGCAGGAUCUACAAAACUGCCCCGCUUUAUGCAAGAAGACUAGUUCUUGUUUCACCUGCGGCGAUAUGAUGCUGAAUCAUGCCAGUGAAGCUCUCAAGAUUCUCGGAGGUGUUGGACUCUUCUUCAGCUUCACAGAGAUUUUGGGAGUUUGGCUGGCAGUGCGGUACAGGAAUCAGAAGGAUCCACGAGCAAACCCAAGUGCUUUCCUAUAGUCUGUCCCUACACAUAGGUGUCGUAGUAAAAUCCAUGCCAUUGCUGAUACACUGGUACACCACACUUGGCAACACGGAACCAACGAGUGCACGCAGCUACUUACCAACACAGAGGACACACUAUACGCCAUCAUCAAAGACUAGCUUGACAUAAUCCUGGAUACUCACGCAUGACAGGAUGAUUUGUAAUACCAGUGCGCCUAACUCACUAGUAUUGCGACACAGCCUUGAUUUGAGUGCCCAAACGCAACCUGCGUGGUCAAGUUGUCGCCAGACCCAGCAUCUGAGAGGUGUCCCACAAAUCUGUCCAGGUGCACUUUCAAAUGUUCUUGUGUACAAAGAAACCGGUUCUUCUGUGUGAUGUGCAAAAAUUCGACCUGCGUGGUGAGGAGAGAAGAAAGUGACUGGACGGUUUGAGUAAAGUAGCUUUGAUGUAAAUGUCACACACAGCUUUGAAUAGAUUUCUGACAAUUAGUUGCUAGUCAAUCAGGUUCAAAUAUUUAUGAACUGUAACUGAGCCAGCUGUCACAAAUGUUGAACUGCCAACGGACUGCGCACCUGAUGUUGUAUAUAUGUUUCAAUACUGUCGUUCACACAGAUCUUCCAAGUAGUUUCUAUUCUAGUUGCUUGGUUUGUCUGCACAUUUCAUCUUGCUUCCUUUGUGUUGCAUCUCAACUAUGUACCUUUACCUCCUGUUUAUCUGGAAGAGAUCAUAAUAAUAUAUAAAUAUAAAAAAAAAAAAAUACAUGUUUAGGUUAAUCUGGCCAAAACGGCAUCACAAAGCUAAUUUUGAUUUGUAAGUGUUUGUUGUAAUGUGUUUGUUUAUUGUGGAUCAUUCUUUGUUGUAAGCCGUUUUAAUCUUGAUACUAUGUUCUCUAUUAUUGAUAAUUGCCAUUCUGUUCAUCAGUGUUAAAUACUUUGUAAAAAUAUGUUAAAUAUGUUCAAAAUCUAUUUUAAGCUACUGUUGAUGAUGCACAAUUUGUGUUGUAGAUUUUGGCAUUUUAUAUUCACUAAUUGUUAUUUUAAGAUGUCAUUCAUUAGAAUAGCUUUUGACUUAAAGACGAACUGUCUUACUUGAACUUACUUACGUGCUAGCGCAGAUUUGCUGCUACUGCGGAGACUUUUCCCCGUCAUGUACAGAUGCUUUACUACAGCUUACAUUUAUUGUUCUGCUCAGUAUUUACACCAAACCUUUUCAUUUUUGUGCACUUGCGGUUGAAACGUUGUUCCCCUUUAUUUGGGGACUUCAUUUUACAAAUAAUAAAAUCUCAAACUGGAAA